AUGGACACAGCAAGGGAACUAGUCCUGACCUUAAAGCAAGGUAACAACUCACACGUGGGAUAUGGUUUGCAGAAAGAGGGUGAAGCACUUGUUGGUCAUAUUUUGCAAAACAUGCUGAAAUCUCCACUACCCACUUUAGUUCCUGAAACGAAAAAUGAAGAAGAUUCGAUCAGAUAUAGAGAAGAAGGAAAUCAACACUUUGUGAUGGGCGAUGAUACUGAAGCCAUAAAAUGUUACACAAUGAGUUUAGCAUACGCAAAUGACGGGGAGCUUAUGUCUCACGCUUAUGCUAACAGAUCGGCGGCUUUAUACAGAAAACAAAUGUUCAAAGAGUGUUUAAUAGACAUUGAUUCUGCUUUAGAUCUUGGCUACCCAGAAGAAAAGAGAAAAAAAUUGAAGGAAAGAGGAGCAAAGGCUAUUGAAGAGAUUAAAAAGAAAUUAAAGAUUAAGAAGGAUGACCCUAUUGAUACAGAGAAGUUAAUGAAUAUGUGUUUGUCGGAAAAAGUUACAGAAGUACCUAUAACUGUAAGAUACAGAAAUGGUAAAACCGAGAAUAAAGAAGAAAUAAAUAAGAAUGGACAAAUUAAUGGAAAUAAAGAAGAUUCGGUUAACGAUUGUGGUAUACCACCCACUAAAGAAAAAGAACCGAGAUACCUAGCAGAUGAGGGUCCUUUAAAGUUGACUUAUGGCCCUAGCAAAGAGGCUCCUGCUGUCAGUGACGGUGUCACAAUUGCUUUCUCGAGAAAAUAUGGACGUCAUUUAGUAGCUUCUAAAGAAUUUAAGCCAGGAGAUGUCGUUUCCUUUGAAGAUCCGUAUGCACAUAUUAUUUAUACGCAAAAAUAUUACACGCAUUGUCAUCAUUGUUUAUCUAGAAGCUACAAUCUAAUACCAUGUCCAAAAUGCCCAAUGUCUGUAUACUGUUCAGAAAACUGUAGAUCAGUAGCUUGGGAUAUGGCGCAUCAACUAGAAUGUCCAAUUUUGGCAGUUCUAGGAAAUUUAUUCAAUGUUGACAAAGACAAGGUAAGAAUGCUUACCAAAAUUGUACGGUUUCUGAUUGUAGUAACAGCAAAGGGCAAAAAAAUCACAGAACUGCGUGAGGACAUGAAGGUAGCAGAGUGUAAUCCAGAUAAUAGGACUGCAGGCUUCACACAUGAAGGUAUACUGGACAGCAACAAUGCACAAUCUGCUCUGAGCCUUGCAACCAACAUGACAACAAGACCGCUCAUCGGAGUCAGUGCGUUCGCCUGCAUCUCAGCCCUGGGUGCUAUUCUCCUAUCCACACAGACUAAUUUCUUCUGCAAGAAAUACGAAAUGGACCAAUUAAAAGACAUCGACAAUAUCCCCGAGCUAAAGUUCUGUGGCAGCCUCAUGUUUCGUGCUUGUGUCAUAAUGUCUUCCAAUUGCUUCACAAUACAGCAGGAGCCAGGAGUUAAAACAGGCUCUGGACUAUAUGUAACGCACAGCUUGUAUAAUCACUCCUGUGCGCCAAACACUUUCCGUCAUUUCGAAGGACUGACAAUGAUCACCCGUGCUCUGGAACCAAUAUAUCCUGGGGACCAAAUAUUCACCGGCUACGGUGCUGCGUAUGCACACAUGCCAAGAUCUGAAAGAAAAGAAAAGAUAAUGCAGGACUACUUCUUCGAGUGCAACUGUCCUGCUUGCAGUUCAGACUGGCCAAUGUAUAAUGAGAUUCUUCAGCAUCACGUCGGUUCUAUCAGCAAGAAUAAAGAGCUUGUAGAGAAACUAAAAUCAUAUAAACAGAGAUUGGUGAAGAAUAUGUACGACAUUGAUGCUGUCAAAUCUGUUCUUGGUAUCCUCUACAAAGAAGUAUCCCAACCGUGUGAAGAAAUAGUGCACGCGGAGCAAUACCUAAAGAGUUAUUAUCUAGGUAAAUUCAAUCAUAUGUCAACUUAA